GCCAUUAAGGUUUCGACGAAAUCGGCGAUAAAAAACAGCAUAUUUACGGCGUUUUAAGCCAGGAAGUUGCACAGUGAUACUGUCAGGGUCUUGAAUUACACCCACAAAGUAGAUCUGGUUGGAUGAAGAGAAUUAGGCAGAUUCAGCACAGUGAGGGAUUGUGGUUGUCAAGCAGCGCUUACAUUCGAUGGUACUUGUAAUGUUCUGUCGUUUCGCAUAUUGAUAUUCCGUGUUUUAUAAUAAACCUUGUUGUUGUAAUGGCGAACCGAUUAGCUUGUCUGUUCUGUGACCUGCUCUACAGGAAUGACUCUGCAUUAGUCCCUCACGACAUUAUAUCUGGCGACGAGGAUAUUCGAUGCUAAAGUAAGAUACCAAGAACCCGUAGAAGUGGACAUUUUGAAAAAUGCGUGCAGUUAUUACUGUGAAUUUAACGGUUUAAAAAGUCUGUGACCACGCCGCGAGAAAUAUAUGCGUAAUGUACGCGCUAUCGCUAUGUAUGUGUACGUGCAAUCGUUCAUGUAGAAUAGAAAUCUCGCCGCGCUGUAUGUAGCCCGUGUGAAUGCGUUUCCGCGUGUUACCGUUAGAUGUCGACACUAUCGUUUACUGUGCAGUAUUAUAAUAUCCCUAGUUUCUAGCAGUCUUGCUCAUAAUAUUUAGAAUAUUAGUACCGUGUUGCCAAGAUGCCAUCACCAGUACGAGCUCCUGCUGACCCAGCUGCCGCUGUUGCGCCUCAACCGAUGAUAUCUCUACCUAACUUUGCUUCAUUUGAUCCUCAUACUGACCCUACCGCUAUUGGCCCCAGAUGGGAAAGGUGGUUGGCUAGAUUUGAGAGACUCUUUGUUGGAAUAGGUUUAACUGAUCCCACAAGGAAGAGAGCAUUGCUACUACAUUACGCAGGACCUGAUGUAGAUGAGAUAUUCGACACGUUGACAGAGACAGGCGAUGAUGAUGACUAUAAUACUGCUAAGGCUAAGUUAACUGCGCAUUUUCUACCCAAGAAGAACGUAGCAUUCGAGGUAUACAACUUCAGACAGUGUACUCAAGCAAAGGAUGAAACGCUUGAUGCCUACCAUACUCGCUUGAGAAAACUUGCCAAGACAUGUGAUUUCGCGAAUGUAGACCGCGAGAUUUGCGCUCAAAUCAUAACCGGCACUAAUUCACAUCAACUUCGCAGAAAAGCGUUGCGUGAAGACAUGAAUUUAACUAAAAUUCGAGAUACUGGCCGCGCAUUUGAAUUGAGUGAGCACCAAGCAACCAAGCUUGAAGAAUCGCAACAUCAAACCGUUCACAAGAUUAGAGCCAAUGACAAGAGCCAAGGCAAAGGGAGCCAAAGACAGAGCAGACCUAAGCAGAAGACACGUCGUUUCCAGUCACAAUCGAAGCCGGACCAGGACAGACGUCGCGAUGGUCGAGAUACCAGACCCCAGCAGCAACACAACGACCAGAACUGUGGUAAGUGUGGAGGGAGACCCCACAAAGUCAGUAGUAAUUGUCCCGCCAAUGGUCAGGAGUGCCAUCGUUGCAAGAAGAUAGGACACUUCGGGAGGAUGUGCCGUUCAAAGACCAACAGCGCUAACACCCUGAUGACAGAGGCUGACGAAGAUUCUGACUACUGUUACUUUACCCAAGCUGCCAAGUCCAACAACCCAACGCUGUGUACGAUAACAAUCGGAAAGAAACCAAAAAUGGCCAGAGUACCCAUGAUGAUAGAUUCGGGAGCAUCCGUCAACCUAGUCGACUCCAAGACGUUCAACGUUAUUCGCCGAGCCCAACCUGGUAUAGACCCGUUGCUUCCAGCUGACACACAGGUAUUCCCCUAUGGUAGCAAGACGCCCAUACUGCUGAAAGGAAUGUUCCGAGCCACAGCACGUCACAAGUCCGAAACCAAAUGGUCGAAGUUCUACGUGACUGAAGGAGGAGGGAAUUUACUUGGUUUCAAGACCGCGUCGGAUUUAGGAAUCUUGAAGAUCGUACAUGAGGUUAAAUCGAAAACGAGGCCCAAUCCAUCCAGCUCCAAGACCCUUCCUGACUCGCUGAAGAAGUAUGAGGAACUCUUCUCCGGUGUAGGCAAGAUCAAACGUGAACCUGUGACACUUCACAUUGAUAAAGACGCCAAGCCGAAGCAGCAACCUCACCGUCGCAUACCUCUCCAUAUCCGCAAAGAUGUAGAGAAAGAGCUACAGCGUCUAGAGGAACUUGACAUUAUAGAGAAAGUCGAUGGUCCGACACCGUGGAUAAGUCCCAUAGUUACAGUCCCCAAGAAAUCAGGAGCAAUUCGCAUUUGUGUUGACAUGCGCGAGGCAAAUAAAGCGAUAAAACGUGAAAGACAUCUUAUGCCGACUCUUGAUGAUCUAGUAACGGAUUUGAACGGAUCCACUGUGUUCAGUACCCUAGAUUUGAGUAGCGCGUAUCAUCAACUAGAACUUGCAAAGGAAUCACGUUUUAUCACCACGUUCACCACCCAUCUUGGUCUUAGACGCUACAAACGUCUUUUCUUUGGGAUAAACGCCGCGUCGGAAAUCUUUCAGAACGCGAUCGCCGAAAUUCUGAGUGACAUACCGAACUGUCGAAAUAUCUCUGACGAUAUCAUUAUCCAUGGCAAAGAUAAAGCUGAACACGACAAGAGUUUGAUAGCCGUGAUGGAGAGACUGAAAGAAUACGGAAUUCGUCUCAACAUGCCCAAGUGUCACUUCUAUCAGUCAGAAGUGAAGUUCUACGGUCAUAUCUUCAAUAGCGCUGGUGUUACCGCAGAUGUGAAGAAGAUCGAAGCCAUAAGAGAUUCGCCUGCCCCGACGGACAAGAGUGGAAUACGUUCGUUACUCGGAAUGGCCCAAUACCUCUCGCGCUUCAUUCCAUGGUAUGCUAGCAUAACAGCGCCCCUUAGAGAGCUAACGCAUGAUAAGACAGAAUGGCAGUGGAACGCGGAACAUGAAAAAGCGCUAACAGACUUGAAGACUGCGCUCACCGGAGCAAAGGUCAUGUCGUACUAUGACCCGCGUAAGAAAACUGAACUCAUCGUUGACGCAGGGCCCCGCGGAUUAGGCUCGAUUCUGAUGCAAGAAGGUCGCGUUGUUUCGUACGCUAGUCGCGCGCUCACCGACGUUGAGACGAGAUACUCGCAGACAGAAAGAGAAAUGCUCGCAGUGGUCUGGGCAACAGAACACUUCCGCCUAUACUUAUACGGUUCGACUUCCCCUUUCACCGUGGUCACAGAUCAUAAACCGUUGAUCGGAAUAUUCCAAAGCCAGAAGCCGAUGUCGUUACGGAUUGAACGAUGGAGAUUACGUCUAACGCCGUAUAACUACAAGUUGGAAUAUCGACCUGGAAGGAACGAAGCCAACCCAGCCGACUUUUGCAGUCGCCAUCCUGUAGUAGGCAAUGAGCAGAACAGAGCAAACUUUGUCGAUGAUUACGUCAACUAUGUCAUUGACAAUGCGGUUCCAAAAGCCAUGCAACUCGAAGAAGUAAAAUCAGAAACCUUACGAGACCAUACCCUGCAGAAGCUUAAAGUAGCUAUCGAAACUGGCUACUGGAGACGAGAUGAAGAGUGCCUGAAGCCAUUCAAACGUUUCCAAGAUGAGCUGAUCGUUCAUAAUGGUAUCGUCCUCCGAGGGAGAAGACUGGUAAUGCCUGACGCACUGCAGAGAAGAGCCAUUGACCUUGCUCACGUUGGUCAUCAGGGCAUCGUCAAAACGAAGAUGUUGCUGAGAGAAAAAGUAUGGUUUCCGUCCAUCGACGCCAUGGUUGAAGAAUGUGUCAAGGACUGUCUGCCUUGCCAAGCUACGUCCGGAAGAGCCAGCAAACCAGAGCCGCUACGCAUGACAAAGCUGCCGAAUGGUCCCUGGGAAGAAGUCUCUGUGGAUUUUUACGGUCCUUUGCCAGUCCCAAGCGCUGACUACCUACUCGUGAUGAUGGAUGACUACAGUCGUUACCCCGAGGUUGAAGUUAUAGCUUCUACCGCCGCAAAGACAGUCAUACCAAAGAUAGACGCCAUUAUGUCACGCCACGGAGUUGUGUCGAUUUUGAAAUCCGACAACGGACCUCCGUUCACGAGCCAUGAUUUCAAACGUUUCGCUGAAUGCCUCGGUUUUCAACACCGCAGAGUGACUCCGUUAUAUCCCCAAGCUAACGGUGAAGCAGAACGUUUCAUGAGAAACAUCACGAAGACUGUGCAAGCCGCACACAUCGAAGGCCGCAAUUGGAAGCAGGAACUACAGAAGUUUCUACGCCAGUAUCGUGCGACACCACAUUCAACAACAGGUGUCUCGCCAUUCGAAGCCCUCUAUGGUCGUAGGAUGAAAACCCAGCUUCCAUGUGCCGAUUUCAACCCAGAGUUGAAAACUCGUUCUCAAUCGUCAAUGAGAGACACUGACAAUGAACGCAAGAAGAAGAUCAAAAUGUAUGCAGAUCGCAGACGCAACGCUACUGAAAGCAACAUUGCCGAAGGAGACACCGUUGUAGUUCGUCAGCAGAAACGUAACAAGCUAACGCCGCCAUUCGAUCCAGAUCCAUUAAAGAUAACGCGUCGAGAUGGUAAUAUGCUGACAGCCGAGCGAGAUGAUCGAAAGAUAACUCGCAACCUAACGUUUUUCAAACGGGUGCCUGAAAGCCUGUUUGAAAACAUUCAGGAAGAGGAAGUUGAGAUUCCUGACUCAGAUGCUCCGCCCACUAUAGCACCUGAGACACCUUCUGGUAUUUCUGAGCCUGAGACCUCCAACCAGAAACUGCCUGUGAUGACUGAGACUACCUCACAACCACUCCGGAGAUCAACUCGAACGAAGAGGCCUAACCCAAGAUUCAAAGACUUUGUUCUUCGUUAAGAACACCCUGUUCUGAGUUUUAUGUGUUUGAACUGUUCUAUAUUCAUAUAGUGGACUUUUAUUUUGUUCUAAAUAGGACACUUCAAGUUCGAUAUGGAUGUGCUUUUAUUCUGGUAAUGAAGACAUUAUCCGUGUAAGGACUAAGUGAAGAGUGAUUCGCUAUUUGCGCCAUGUUCUAAUUCAUAACUUCGAGAACAUUCAAAUUCAAGAAAAGGACAAUUCUUGAGUCAGAGACAAUCUUGUGUUUAUUCUGCGCUUCCAGGAAAAGUGUUUAAUUUGAGAUUAUGUUUUUAUUUUGAUACCAACAUCCGCGUCUGGACUUAUUAAGCGUAAACCUUUUCAUCCAAAAGGGUGGAUGUAAUGUUCUGUCGUUUCGUAUAUUGAUAUUCCGUGUUUUAUAAUAAACCUUGUUGUUGUAAUGGCGAACCGAUUAGCUUGUCUGUUCUGUGACCUGCUCUACAGGAAUGACUCUGCAUUAGUCCCUCACGACAUUAUAGUACUUGAGAUGUAUUAUCCGUUACUUUCAUCUGUAAUUUGCA